CCUUCUCUCUCUCUCUCUCUCUCUCUCUCUCUCUCUCAAGAGUGCUAUGGUGGAUCUUCAGACGGUGUGCUGCAUGUGCGGCGACGUUGGUUUCCCCGACAAGCUUUUCCGAUGCAACAAAUGCCGCCACCGCUUUCAGCACUCGUAUUGCAGCAACUACUACGGGGAGUUACCUGAAAUACAACUGUGCGAUUGGUGCCAAACCGCAAAAAGCGUUGCUUCCAAUUCCAAGAAACCGCCAUCUCUUGCCGGAACAACCAACCGUUCGGAAUAUUCCGGCGACAAAAUCAAGCAUCAUGAUCGCGAACCGCCACACGCAGGUACAAGCUUCUCAAGGAUGUCAUGUGUUAAAACAAAUAAACAAGAAGCUUAGAUCAGAUCAACAUCAAUCACCACCACUACUACCACUACUACUACUAGCUAGCUAGCUAUAUUAAUUAGUAUUAGUCUUAAUUAAUUAGGUGACUCUAUUUAUAUUACUUUGUGUCCAAGUAGUAGAGCUUUGUGUGCGAUGCGAAAUUGCAUGUGUGUUUAUAUCUUUGAUCUUGGCUUGAUGAGUUGCUUUUUCUACCGAGCUAAGUAAUAUAAGUUGUGAAUACAGCUAUAAAAAUAUGGAUAUGUAUAUUUAAUGUAUUAUCUAGCUUCAACUUUUUCUUUC